AUGUCUAUUUUACUUUAUGGCGAAGGAUGCAACAGAAAUAUUGGUAAAAAGGUUGAAAGUAAGGAAUGUUUAAUAUAUAUAGCAAAUGAAGCAAUAUAUGUGAAAGAGGAAGAAAAAGAUAUGAAUUAUAAUAAAGAUCAAGAUUUUAUCGAUAUAUUAAAAAAUAGUAUAAUGGAAACGGAUGAAAGAGAUAAGAGGAAAAGGCAAGCGUACUUAAUAAAUAAUAGAAUGUAUAAUAAUUGGAAUGAUUUAAUAGAAAAAGGGAGUGAUAUUCUUUUAGGAAUUGAUGAGAAAGUCAGAAGAUGUUUAGAAAAUUUUAUGAAAAAUCUUAGUAAUAGAAAAAGGAUAGAUGAAGAAGGAUGGCGUAAGAAGUGUACGCAAGCUAUUUGGAAAAAUGAACUUCUCAAUAGUCGAAAGAUAGAAGAUCUGUUUUAUUUUAAUUUUAAAAAUGAAUUCGAUUGGGUUAAGACGCUUAAUUUUAUUAGUAAUAAAAAUAAAUUUACUUUUUGGCAGUGUAACGAUCAUGAAGAUACAAAGGAGAGAUCAUACAGAAUUAAAAACUUUUUAAAAGAAUUACCAACUUAUGGAUGCGAAAGAAAUAAAGUUAGCUUAGAAGAAAUAUUAUAUGAAGCAAUAGCUAAGUAUGAAGAAAUAUUAAUAUCAGAUGGUAAAAAAGAAGAAAAUAUGGGAGAUGUAUAUAAUAGAAAGUUUGAUGAGAUAUCGAAGAAAAAAGAAUACAAGAAUUUGAUAGAACAUUUGUGGAGCUUUUGUUAUGAUAAAGAUAAAUAUAGAAAGAGAAUUUGGGUUAAACGAUGUGAUGAUGUGGCGGAGAUAGAGAAAGAUAGAGGUUUAGAUUGUAAAGAUAAAAGAAAAAGGAAAAAAGAAUAG